UGGUGAUGUAAUGCACGCUGGGCGUCACUAUAUUGCAUUGCUCUGCUUUUAUCUCCGCCUCAGCGCGCGCUCCCUCUCACUCACUCCAUCCGGACACACGCUACAUAUGUGCCGCGACGCAGGACAUUUCGCCUUUUGUGCUGUGCUGAGAGACGACCAUAUGUCUCAGACGGUGUUUGAAUUUACUCCUUUUCUAUUGGCACCGCCUUUAUUGUCGCUGAACGAUGCGGAGAGUGACUGAGUGAGUGUAACUUCUGCAAACACUGUUCAGCGCGCUUAAUUAUUUACCGUAUAAAUACUUGCGCGUCUCACUCGAGGGUGUCUUGGCUUCAGCACUGGCUGCUUGGACAGCUCUUCUGACUCUGAGGAAUUAAACUUCGAUUAUUACAUCUUAAACCAGCUGAACUUCUGCAGUGAUGGAGUGCUCGGCGCUGAGCAGGGAAGGUGCUGGUCUGGCUAAACCGCCGAAGCAUCUUUGGAGACAGCCGCGAACCCACAUCCGAAUCAAGCAGCGGUACCACUCCGACACCGAACGUUACCUGUGCUGUAACAAAGCGACGGAGAAGAACCGUCCAGGUCUGAAAAAGCCACGAAUGUCCUGGCCGUCUUCUUUUCAUAAACGUUUCGAUGUGGAAAAUGGGUUGUCGAUGGGUCGCAGUUCACUGGACCCCAGUCCGAGCUCCGGGCUGGUCCUGCAGGCAAACAGCCAGAGGAGAGAAUCUUUCCUGUACCGCUCCGACUCGGAUUUUGACCUCUCGCCCAAGACAAUGUCCAGAAACUCCUCGACCACCAGCGAGCUUCAUGGAGAGGACAUGAUUGUAACGCCAUUUGCUCAGGUUCUUGCCAGUCUACGUACAGUGAGGGGAAAUGUUGCAGCUUUAACCCACAUGCAAGACAGAAGCAACAAGAGACCAUCAGGCACUAAUCCUCAAUCUGCCUGUAAAACAAACCUGUCUGAUGAAGCAUAUCAAAAACUGACCGUUGAGACUCUUGAAGAGCUGGACUGGUGUUUGGACCAGCUGGAGACCCUGCAAACCCGUCACUCUGUCAGUGAAAUGGCCUCCAAUAAGUUUAAAAGAAUGCUCAACAGGGAACUAACUCAGCUGUCGGAGACCAGCCGCUCAGGAAACCAGGUGUCUGAGUUCAUAGCAAGCACAAUAUUACAAAAACAGUAUGAUGUGGAGCUUCUCUCGGCAGCAUGUAAGGAGGAGAAGAAGCGUCGGCCAAUGUCUCAGAUAAGUGGAGUGAGAAAACUAAGCCCCAGUCCGAGUCUCCCCCCAACAUGCAUCCCACGGUUUGGUGUCAACACGCAGCACGAGAGCCUCCUGGCCAAGGAGCUUGAGGACUUGGAUCGAUGGGGCGUAGAUAUUUUUAAGAUAGCAGAAUAUUCUGGGAAUCGGCCACUGACAGUGAUAAUGUACACCAUUUUUCAGGAGCGAGAUUUGCUCAAAACCUUUAAAAUCCCAUUGGACACCUUCUUGACAUUCCUGGUGACUCUGGAAGAUCACUACCAUGCGGACGUGGCCUAUCAUAACAACAUCCACGCAGCAGAUGUUGUUCAGUCUACACACGUUCUUCUCUCCACACCUGCCCUAGAGGAUGUGUUUACAGACCUGGAGAUCAUGGCCGCUCUGUUUGCCAGCGCUAUACAUGAUGUGGAUCAUCCAGGAGUGACUAACCAGUUCCUCAUUAACACAAACUCUGAACUGGCUCUCAUGUAUAAUGAUGCUUCAGUAUUGGAGAAUCAUCAUUUGGCUGUGGGCUUCAAGCUUCUGCAGGAGGAGAGCUGCGAUAUCUUCUGCAAUCUGAGCAAGAAACAGCGACAGUCCCUGCGGCAAAUCACUAUAGAUAUGGUUUUAGCGACUGACAUCUCCAAACACAUGAAUUUCCUGGCGGACCUGAAGACAAUGGUGGAAACGAAAAAAGUGACCAGUCAAGGAGUCUUACUCCUGGACAACUACUCAGACCGAAUACAGGUUCUCCAGAACAUGGUGCACUGCGCCGAUCUCAGCAACCCCACAAAACCCCUGGAGCUCUACAGAAAGUGGACAGAUCGCAUUAUGGUGGAGUUCUUCAGUCAGGGGGACCGCGAGCGGGACAAGGGCAUAGACGUCAGCCCUAUGUGUGACAAACACACAGCUUCAGUGGAAAACACUCAGGUGGGAUUCAUUGAUUACAUUAUCCACCCUUUAUGGGAAACAUGGGCUGAUCUGGUCCAUCCAGAUGCUCAGGACAUUCUAGAUACAUUAGAGGACAAUCGAGAAUGGUACCAGAGUAUGAUCCCACGCAGCCCCUCGCCAACCCCUGAGGAGCAGGACUCGCGGCCCACUGGGGUCACAGGCUCAGCUGGAGAAAAGUUCCAGUUCGAGCUUACUCUGGAGGAAGAGGACGGAGAGUUAGAGACUGAAGAAGAACACACAGAUAUAGAAAGAUCGAGGACUAUGACUGAUCCAGAGCAUCCACAAACAUCCCCUCUUGGAGUCACUACUAUUUUAGACAGCAGCGAAAGAGAACUGGAUCAAGAACUGACCAGUGUGUCCGCCCUGCAGUUGGAAACCAGUAGUAACAGUACUCAUGAAUAAUCUGCAGUCAGGUAGAACAACCUUAUAUUAAAGUGUAAAACAUUAGACCCAAGGUUUAUAAGACCAAAUAAGCCUGUGUUUUAAAGUUAUAUUUGUGUCCCAGAUAUUUUGCAAAAGGACUGGGUGCUGAAAUCGUAGAUGAAUGUUUUUGUAGUCGCAUGGAGAAACGCGAGUCUUCCCUUGAGUGACUGUCCAUGCCUAUUGCAGAAGAAACCAGAUUUGUUCAUAAUGUUUGUCACUAGACUCUAGAAUAUUUAUUAUGUUGAAUCUUUUUAAUAACCGAUAACUUGACGCUUUUGCUUUAUUGCCACUGAAAAAUAUCUUUGAUGAAUGAAACGGGAUAGUUGUGGGAAUAUUUAAGGCAAGACACCACAGGUGAAUACGGUACGAAAUUAACUAAUAGUUAGCGCUAUACUUGUUCGGUUGUGCAUACAAUUGUGUUUUGUAUAAAAAAGUAUGAAAAUGUUGUGUAAAUAUGCAAAAGAGGCAUUAUCUAUGGUAAUAUGCAUUAAUUUGCUAUUACAAAAUAUGAACAUUUAAAAUUCCUUUUUGUCUACGUUUUAGAGUUAUGUACAUUAUCUGAAAAAAGUCUUGUCGGUUAUCCAAGUUUUAGGAACAACAAUUAAUAACUUGACUUCUAGUUGAUAAUUUGGUAUAAGAAGUGGCUUAUAUGAA